AUGGACGUCCUUAAAGAAACAGUAGAAUCAAUCAUCCUCAACCCGGAUCUUGCCCCUCUUCUCGCCAUCCUCAAAGCCGCCCGAAAUGGCGCUGUCUACGGGGCCAAAGUUCGGUUCCCUCAUGCGUUGGUCAUGGUCUUCUUAUUUCGAUCCGGGACCUUUCGAGAAAAGAUCCGCCUUGUGUUAAAAGCUACCCGACAACACGCGCGAAAUCUUGCAACCUUUGCAACCAUUUACAAGUCCUCCAUGCUGGUAUUAAGAUUACUCAACCCAGUGAACCCGGGAAAAGAGGGACCAUAUGAUUCUUUCUUCGCCGGAUUGUUGGGAGGAUACACCGUUUUUGGCCGAUCACACAGCAGUGUGAGCCAGCAAAUCGUCAUUUAUGUCUUUGCUCGAGUAAUACUGGCAUUGGCCAAACUCAGCAUCGAACCUCCUAGUGCUACUAGUUCAACGCCGACACCCACGUUAUGGACACAAAGGUUAUCGCCCGGCGUGAGAGCAAAAAUUCAAGAUAAUGCCUGGCCGGUUUUUGCCAGUUUGAGUUGGGCUUUUAUCAUGUACAUCUUCCGAUGGCAACCAGAAAGCAUUCAACCUAGUUUGAGGAGCAGCAUGAAAUACAUAUAUGUCAAUUCGGAUUACUGGGACUCUUUCAAGAAUUUCCUCAUCCACAAUACUUAG